AUGGCAGCGAGCAAAUCCUCCAAAGAACAGAAAUACGACAGACAGCUCAGACUGUGGGGUGACCACGGACAAGAGGCGCUAGAGAAUGCACACGUGUGUCUCAUCAACGCCACAGCGACCGGGACAGAGAUACUGAAGAACCUGGUGCUGCCAGGUAUCGGAGCGUUCACUGUAGUUGAUGGACACACGGUUUCAGGAGAAGACGUUGGAAACAACUUUUUUCUCAGCAACAACAGUAUCGGAAAGAACAGAGCACAGGCUGCCACUGAGCUGCUACAAGAACUUAACAGUGAUGUCUGUGGAAACUUUGUCGAGGAGAGUCCUGACAAGCUUCUGGACAACGAUCCAGAGUUCUUCCACCGGUUUACCAUCGUCAUCGGUGUCCAUCUGCCAGAAAGCACAUGUUUGAGGCUAGGCUCAGUUCUGUGGAGCGCCUCUGUACCUUUCCUAGUCUGUAAAACCUACGGACUGAUCGGCUACAUGAGACUAGUGGUGCAGGAGCAUACAGUGAUCGAAUCCCACCCAGACAAUGCCUUGGAGGACCUGAGGUUAGACCAGCCUUUUGCUGAAUUCAAGAACCACAUUCAGUCGUACGACCUCGACAGCAUGGACAAGAAGGAUCACAGUCACACACCGUGGAUUAUCGUUGUUGCUAAAUGCUUGGAGAAAUGGCUCAGUGAGCACAACUGUCAGCCGCCGAAAAAUUACAAGGAGAAAGAGGCCUUCAGACAGUUAAUUCGGGAAGGGAUCCUGAAGAAGGAGAAUGGCGUCCCAGAGGAUGAAGAAAACUUUGAGGAAGCUAUUAAGAAUGUCAAUACUGCUUUAAACCCAACCAAGAUUCCCAGCUCUGUCGACGACCUCUUCAAUAGCGAACAGUGUAACAACAUCACAUCACAGACUCUGCCCUUCUGGGUGAUGCUGCGAGCUGUCAAGGAGUUUGUUCUCAAUGAAGGCAAUGGAAGCCUGCCUGUACGAGGAACCAUCCCAGACAUGAUCGCAGACUCUCAGAAGUUCAUCAACCUUCAAAAUGUUUACAGGGAAAAGGCCAUGCAGGAUGCAGCAGCUGUUUCUAAGCAUGUAGAAUGUCUACUGCAGUCUGUUGGAAAGCCACCAGAGAGCAUUUCUGAGAAGGACAUCAAACUUUUCUGUAAGAAUUCAUCCUUUCUGAGGGUGGUGCGCUGCAGAUCUCUGGCUGAAGAAUAUAGUGUGGAUUCAGUAAAUAAAGAUGAAAUCACCUCAUGUAUGGACAAUCCAGACUGCGAGAUGGUCUUCUACCUCAUGCUCCGCGCUGUCGACCGCUUCUAUCAGCAGCACUCGCGUUACCCAGGUGUUUAUAACUACCAGGUGGAGGAGGACAUCAGCAAGCUGAAGCUCUGCGUCAACAGCCUACUGCAGGAGUACAGCCUCAACGUCAACAUCAAAGACGAUUACAUCCACGAGUUCUGUCGAUAUGGAGCAGCAGAGCCGCACACAGUUGCUGCCUUUUUGGGAGGAUCUGCUGCUCAGGAGGCCAUCAAGAUCAUCAGCCACCAGUUUGUGCCCUUCAGCAACACUUUCAUUUAUAACGCAAUGUCACAGACUUCUGCUACCUUACAGUUGUGAAUACAGUUACUGAUCCUGAGUUUACUCACAGAAAAAUCUGAGAAACUGGAGCAAAAGAAAAAGAAGCACUUACCAACCGGCUUUACUAAACUGUAAACUGCUCAUUAGUCUUUGAAAAGAUGUCUGUACUUAAACCUAAAAAUGCUUCUCAUGGAGAAGAUCACAGGUCAGGACUCUCUAGACUAAAGGUUCUAUCAACAAUACAGUCUCACCGCCUUUCUGUAAAGUUCUUGAAGGGAAAGAAGUCAGGAAAGUACCCACAGAGGAAUUCUUCAAACUUUUUUGUUUUGUGACAUUGUUAAACAAAGCAGGAAAUGAAACUCAAAUUCAAAACCUUCAUGUCGUAUUGUCAUCUGUGAAAGUUCACAUUUAUGGAUGAUAUAUUACACUGUAACAGCACUUUGUAUACUGUAGUCACAACUGGCUCUUAUUGUAUUGUUUUUGAAACAAGGUGGACGAUUUGUGGCAAGAAAACGAACAUUUGUAUGUAGUGUUGAACUCUUAUGUAUUGCUAUAAAAACUUGAAUAUUUGA